UGUCACUAUCAGUUAUUGAGAUAUCAUAUCUCUUAAUUAUAACUUAGCUCAGUAAUGUUUUGGGUAAAAUAUUUCAUAUAUUCUUUUAACUGUAAUCGAUAUCGACAAAUACAAAUAUUGGUCACUACUGUAGACAGUUUGCAGAACAAUUAACAACAUAUCUACUGUAAACUAUACCUCCUGUCUCAUAAUAAUAUAUUUUUUAAAAAUGUGUCUAAAAAAUUUACUGAUUGUCGUGGUCGUAAUGUCGUUCGCCGGAAUAAAGGCAUACUCAAUUGAUAAUAAUUCAGAGGGAGAAAUCAAAGAUUCUUUGUCUACCGUAGAUUUAUCCAACACCGGGAUAGUUAAAAAUAAUAAGAUAAGAAGUGAUGCUGACAAUAAUCGCCAAAAAAUAAUAAUUAAUAAUGUUGCAAAUGAAGUUAGAACAAUUACUAUUCCUAAUAAUGAUGCAGGAAUGUCUAUUACCAAUGGAAAUCAGAAUACGAACACCGUUACUAUUAAUACGAGUAGUGGUACAAUUACUAUUGAUAAUAAUGCUAACAAUUUAAAUACAUUUACUCUCCAAGGUACUAGUAAAAGGAUUAUCAUUAAUAAUGAUAGUGUUAAUACGAACACCUUUACUAUUAAAACUAGUGAUGGUACAAUUACUAUCGAUAAUAAUAGUAACAAUUUAAAUACAUUUACUAUCCAAGAAAAACGUGGACAAAGUUUCCAUUUAUUGUGGAAGUGCAACAAGGAAAUUUCUGUAGUCUUCUCAAAAGCGCUAAAGGAAACAAAAGAUCUUACUAAUAGUCCAGUCAAAUAGACCCGAUAAACGAAAACAGGUUUAGAUCUAAUUUUUUGAGGUUCCUUAGAUGCCAUUUCUUAAGUGUAAUGCAUUUAACUUUCGUCUCCAAAUUUGUGAUUUGUUUUUGGAUACAUUUUAAUGAUGGCUUAAAAUUGUGAUCUAAUACAAAAUAUAGCUGUUUAUC